AUGGGAAGGCCCAUCCCUGUAUGUGAUAGCGCAACUGCUAGGUACUCUAACAAAUCUGGUGAAUUUGUUGAUUGCUUGGCUGGUUGCUUGAACGUGCAGGGAGAUUACUAUACUUGUGAAUUCUCUCUCAAGCUUUUCCAGAGAAAGUUCAGGCUUCCCAAGUUCGUGAUUGAUCCGAGAGUGAAGAUGUGUGCGUCGAAGGGGAAGAAGGAGGUAGUUGAUGCUUCAGUCGCCAUCAUCGCCCGAAUGAAGGCCCAGCUCAUGGAGAAACAGGUGACUCUGAAAGGAUUGCAGCUUGAAAGCGCGGACGUUCAUGGCGCCAUUGGAAGGGAGACGUGGGCCCUUCAGAAAAAGGGUGGGUCCAAAGGAACCCACAUUGAUCUCACCAAGGAUCCAAAGGCUCUGGAGCCAGGGACUCCUCAAUGGGAGGCCACAUCCCGGGACAUCCGCCAAGCCCUGGAGACCUACGGCUGCUUCUUGGUGGACUAUGACUCCGUCUCCCGCGAGCUGCGGGAGGCCAUGUUCGAGGAGAUGGAGCCCCUGUUUGCUCUCCCGGCCGAGGCCAAGCGCAAGGCGGCCGAGGGAACGCCGCAGUCAAGCCUGGUGCUGCCCGGGCAAACCCCGGACGCGCCGCUGCAGCAGGUGUUUGGUGCCGUGGGCCUGCAGGAACCCGAGACCGCUCAGGCCCUGACGGACAUACUGUGGCCCGAUGGCAACGACAAGUUCUGCCAAGCCUUACAGUCAAUGAACAAGAAGAUGGGAGAAAUGGCUCUUGUACUGAAGAAGAUGAUCUUUCAGAGUUACGGGCUCGGCGAAUACUGUGACUCUAAUGUUGAUCCCACAGAAAUAGGCUUCGGCAUGGUUAGAUAUUCAGCUCCCAUGACCGAUGAGCCUACUAAAGGGCUUUCAGAGCAUAUUGAUGGCACUUUUAUUACUAUACUAUGUGAGAACGAUGUGGAUGGGCUCUUCACCAAAUCUUCAAAGGGCGAAUGGCAUCGAGUUAUCCUUAAAAAGAACACUUUCAUCGUUUUAGCUGGCUUCUUACUUACGGCUUGGAGUAAUGGUCGUAUUCACGGUUGUCUACAUAAGGUGACCUUCAAGGGCUAUAAGGUUCGGAAAUCUUGCGGUUUGUUCCUACGUCCUAAGCUAGAUCAGACUGUAGAGACGCCUCGUGGGCUCAUUGAUGAAGACCACCCUCUUCGUUUCAAGCCAUUUCGUUUUAAGGAAUUUCGCCAAUAUUGUAAAGCGCAUGAUUUUGCUGAGGACCUGCUUGAUAAGUUUGCAGGCAUCUAAUUUUAUUAGGCUGAAUGUUGCUCUAUAUUGAAACUUAUCGUGUAUGUAGCUCUAUAUUUAUCACGAGAGCGUUUAUUGCUUUCUAUGUGAACGUAUCUUGCCGUUAUUUCCCCCUU